AUGAAUUUUCGUCCCAUGAGUGUCAUUUUAAAAAGAAUCAACAAACCUGAUCCAUUGUCCAGCAUUUUUGGUUUUGUUAUUCUGCACAACAAAAGAUCACUUACAUUGAUUGACAAACUGGAGCAUGCAUAUAUAGAACAGAAUGUAGCUUUAAUUAAAGAAAUACGCCCUUUUUUCAAGGUAUGCAAGAUCAGCAAAGAAGUCUACAUACGUGUUUAUGUUAAUACAGAUGUGCUUUAUUUAAAAGUAUUGACUGAUUUACAUGUGAAAGAAUGGUGCAAAACUGAAUUCGGUUCAAACAGGCAAUUCGAAAUAACCGAAUCCGACCACAACCAGCGUCAUAGGAAGUAUGGUGAUGUUCUUGACGUUCUGAAGACCUCAAACAAUAUGAAAAUUGCUAUCGUGGAAGUGACAAGGUUCUGUUGUUUACAACCUGUACCGAAAUUUGAAUUACCAGAUGUAAGAUCACAGCAAAUUAUGGGGUUCCACCGGACUAAAGCUCUUCGAAAACAAAGUAAUCAGGAACCAGGUCAUCUUGUCAGAGUUGUUUAUGAACGCUAA